AUGGCAUCAUUCAGGAAAGGCUACGGCCUCCCGACUAGGCCUUCGGACGGAGAUCGCGCACAAAGGAGCGAGGACGAUAUUCUCCAUGGCUCUGUUCCUAGACGGAUAAACCCAACAUGGCAAAGUGAUGCCAGUGUACCUAGAUCUGCGAGGCAGGCAAACUCUCUGCCGAAGAUAGCAACUAGACUACCGCAACCCUACUCUACGCGAGGGUCAGUUCUUCCCCGGCCAUCGUCCAGAUCAGCGUCGGAUAUGCAAGUCGAGACAUCUAGCGCAAGCAGCAGAAAAUCAUCGGAGACCUCAAGGUCACACAAUCAAACCACAUCAGGCUCAUCGUCGUCUGGCCGGUCCAUGGAUGCCACAUCAAGGAUUAGGCAAGUCUCAUACAAGAGGCCUAAGCUGUCACCGCCUCGCGAUUUUGGCUCCCCUCACAAGGAAUCAGGAAGUGCUAGCUCAUCAGCCUCUGCCAAACUAUUGCAAGGUGCUUCGAACCGACGACCGGUGAUGCAGUACGAUCGAGAAAUUACUGCAAGCCCCGUUGAGAUGCAGAUUGCUGGAGCAGGCGAGGUUGGAACAUCGCUGGCACAACCGCCUGUGAUAUACCCUGAGCUCGAUCGAUAUCGUGACUUUCAGCGGCCGGAAAAUGCUUUGGACCGACCCGAAUUCGACGUCCCUCAUCGUUUGGCAACGCAUGACUUGCCGCCGCCAACCCCAUUGUCGCAAUUAUUCUCCGGUGGUAGUAGUCAGAUUAGUGCCGCCAGCGAAAGCCCUUCAACCAAGUUCUCCGAGUCUCCCGGCCCUGGUCCGUACAGUCGGGACACUACGCCAACUUCAAUGUCCUCGCAGUCCCCCGUCUUUGUUGCUCCGAGCAGAGUAGGCAUUCCACACAGAAGCGGCCGACAGCACAGUGUAUCAACAACGAGGCCUCCUGUCACUAGAAGGCGUGCUGGAAGCUUUCCCGACGAAACGGCUAUCGAUCCUCACGGGCUAGCAUCUGUCAGAGAAUCCCUGACCUCGUCAUCUUCCAACUCUACUGUGAAGGAAGGGGAUAGAGGUACGAGGAAAGAAAAGGCCAAGACCAGGCAUUUAUCGCCACCGCCACCGAGCCCACCACCUAGAAAAUCUUCGCAGAAGUUUUGCAAACCGAAAGAAGGGAAUGAAGUUUCCAUGCCAGCUAAACCUAACAUCUCUGAGCCGAGUGAAAUCCCAGUUGAAAAGAAGCCACAUAGUCGCACAUGCUCCGAAGCAUCAUCGUCCCCGCUUCAGACAGGGCCUCCGGCGCGCCCAAGUCGCCAUAACACCCCCGACAUGAAAUCAGAGCUGUUUGGCCCCGUUCCUGUGAUACAGAGUAAUUUGGUCUCAACCGUACGGACUCCAGAGCGACGUGGUAGUGAUGCAUUGGGUACUACUUCACUUCCAGGAUCUACGACGUCCAUCCCACAAGCCCACCGAAAUGCACCGUCAUCAAAAUUUUCCCUCGGGAACGAAGGCUUUUUGUCCUUGUCAAGGUCCCAACCAAGCUUUGACAAGCUGAAGGGGCAAAUGACGGAGCCUAAUUUGUCUGGUCAAACUACACAGUCCAGGGCUAGGUCGUCAUCUCGAAGCCGAUUCCCGUUUUUCGGGAGGAAAAAGACUGCUUCCGAAACUUCGAAGAAAGAUGACCGGCCCGACAAGAAAAACACCAGCCGAAAAGGUCCGGCAGCAGGGACGGGGCAUGAGGGUUAUGGUCGUCUUGGUGCUAUUCGACGACGCAGUGGGAGUGGCUCUGUCCUGCCACAUGGCCUUACGGACCCCGUGUUCGCAGAUUCUUUUUUUGCUACUAGAAUGAAUCCUGUCAUCAUUUCUGGUGGCGAAGUCGUGGAAAACCGAAAUGCCAGCGCAGAGCUGUCUCGUUCGGAGACCAAUCAGAGCACGCCAGGUCGUCCCAGCAUAGAUUCAAAGAAUUCUUCUGAGGGGUCGUUGACCUCCCGCAACGAGUCCGGCUCUGGACUUCGACCGUCAGCUUUGCCCCGGUUCCAAACCUCCAGCCCUCGUCAGCCUCAUGGUGGUUUUGGGUCUGAUGAGGUUGGCAUGGAAUCGACCCUAGCAUUUAGACGAUCUGUGCAGAGACUCCGAUCGUCUCCAUAUAACCCCAUACGACUUCCUGAACCUCUCAAAACUAGCGGCCAUAUAUCCCCAUCGCCACUUACGAGCCUCGAUACUAGUCUGCUAUCAGAUGAAUCGCAUGCAGAGUUGACACGGGACCUUUCGCAACAGUCAGAAGGACUACAUCCCCUUCGCAAAAAGCUCAAGAAAAAGACACGGUCACCGCGAAUAUGGAAUUUAUUCAGCAGAUCACAGAGUCAGUCCAAUACCAAGAAGACCCAAAGCAAUGAGAAUAUUCAAGCCACUGUCAAGGCCGUGGAUAAACGCCCUGUUGCAUUUUACACCAUCAUGGACAAUGUAGAACAAGACGAAAAUGGACCUAUGGACGUUCAAGAAGCAUUGAGACAAGCCGAAGUGUAUGAAAAGAUACCAAACGUGGAAAGCGUGGAAAACUACAAAGAAUCAGUUGUCCAGUCUUCAAGACGGCUCGUGACGGAUUUUCCCCCACAAACAUCUUGGCAAGCCUCCUCAGACAGUCAUUCUAGCACGACAAUUUCCUCGUCUUGUGGAGCAGAACCUGCUUCCCAGACGGCCACAAGUGGAAUGAAUAAUAACCAACGACCCAGUCGGCUUCAGCAAGUCGGUCGAAUUCCACAAGUUAUCAAACAGCGAAAGGAAAAUGUCUCUCCUCAAAGCUUUUCACGUCCCUUUCGCGCUAGCUUACAGUAUCCCUCUAUAAACACAGCAGAAAUUUAUGAUCCCGAGUCCAUUGCCACUGGCCCUACACCGCCAAAGCCCUCAACACCUGUCCCAGCACUGCCUGGAAAAGGCUUGGCCUUGGAGAGCGGGACGAACUCCGCCUCAUACUCCAACUCAAUCUCAAAGACAUCUCCGGAAAUCGGUCAACCUGGUCGGGAGUUCCUGUCUUUCUCUCCACGCAAGAACUCUGACGGCACCAUUUGCACUAGCUCCACUAGUUCCGGGGGUGCGAACCCCUUUUCCAUGUCGGCCACGGCAGUUAUCCCAAAGCCAGAAGACCCGCCGGCCGAAGAUGAAAUAUGGGAUGAAUACGAUGACCUGCUCGGUGAUGAGGUGAUGAAGGGGUCGCGGUCUGCUACAUCGUCCAAAAGUGUACCAUUCCACUUGGAAACCUAUCAACAGAAAUUAGUAAAAGGUAAAGAGCUUGAUUUUCCUACUGUUUCUGUUGAUAGCCGCAAAGUAUCGACGUAUUCGAGAGCACCAACGCAUUCCAGUUCUCACAGUGCAGACAUGACGGAACGGAUUCGCGCCGCCUUCCACCCCAAGAUCAGUCCUACAUCUCUAGGCACACCAGGUACACGCACUGGUGACGUACGAGCUGACAAGCCAGCGGACUCAGAAGGGAGUCUCACUUCCAAAAGAGAUAGCUCUUCAUCUUGCCGAACGACGUCCUCCGACGGUACUUCAUCCUCGUCAAACGAUGGGUCGCCUUUAGCGCAAGUCAAUCUUCGAGUCGGGUCGAUGACUGUCAGCAAGUGGCUUACAUUUGGCCAUGUGCUAUUUAGCGACGUCCGACACAAGUUGACCCCUGUAAAGUCUUCCUCUAAGCAGUAUUCCGUCCUUGUCAUUGACGGCCUUGGGAAUGAUGAUUGGUCAUUUUACGCCGCGGAGACGUACCCAGAUGCUUCGUUCUUUAACCUUUCUCCUCGGGCACCGCUUCCAACUGAACUCGAGAAUUCGUCUACCGGGUUCCCCCUCAGCCCGGCAAACCACCACCAAGUACAGUACACAUCUCACCUGGAAAAAUUUCCAUUUGCACCGCAGAGCUUUGAUGCGGUGGUGUAUCGGUUCCCAAUAGCUGCUUCCGAGGCCCACUAUCGAAAUAUUUUGAAUGAGGCACGGCGAGUUCUUCGCCCAGAAGGAUAUAUCGAGCUUUCGAUUCUGGACUCUGACCUGAACAACAUGGGCAAUCGCGGUCGACGAAUGAUUCGACAGCUUAAAGAGCGAAUUCAGCAAAAUGCCCCUGACACGACAUUUGCAUCUGCUUCUGAUUUAACAGUACGCUUGCUAGCCAAGGCAGGAUUUUCCAACAUCAAGGCUGCUCGAGUUGGAGUACCUGUGACCAGCUCAAUAACGCGGUCGAGCAACCACAUGUCGGAGAGCAAGCGUGGAUCUGACAAGACGAAGAAAAACCAUCCGAGUUUGGCAGAGAUGAUGCGUGACAAUAGUCCACUAGCGGAUGCAAACAUAACGAAGAUUGUCACGCGGGUUGGUCGUUGGUGGUAUACCCGCUGCUAUGAGAACGCCUCCGGUGUCAGUUCUGAUGGCAGCAUUUGGAACGACAAGAUAUUACUUUCUGAGUGUGAGCAAUUAGGCACUAGCCUUAAGCUGAUGGUAUGCUGCGCGAGGGCACCAGAACGGAUCGCCAGCUUCUAA